CGCAGAGGCAGUCGUGCGAGCGCGCUCGUCUGCACCACGAUGCGCCGCGUUUAUUUCGGCUGCUUGCGCCAAUAACUCGCAGUGCGGACCGACUGUUUUUCGCUCCUCUUUCUCACAGAACUCUUCCAACGGCCUAGAGCUUAUCAAGGUGUUGUCGUCCAGGUGCAGCAGCAGCAGUAGCAGCAGCCGCCCAUCGCCGCCGUCAAGUAGAGAUGUCGUUCCGUGUGGUGCGUAGCAGCAAGUUUCGCCACGUCUACGGGACGGCGUUGAAACGCGAGCAGUGCUAUGACAACAUACGAGUAUCCAAGUCCUCGUGGGACUCGACCUUUUGCGCGGUGAACCCCAAGUUCCUCGCCAUCAUCGUCGAGUCUGCCGGAGGUGGUGCCUUUAUAGUCUUACCUCACAACAAGGUUGGUAGAAUAUCGGCAGAUCACCCACUGGUUGGUGGUCACAAAGGACCAGUGUUAGAUAUUGCUUGGUGUCCACACAAUGACAAUGUCAUCGCAUCGGGAUCUGAGGAUUGCGUGGUGAAGGUCUGGCAAAUUCCAGAUGGCGGAAUCUCCAGGACCCUCACAGACUCUGUAGUCGAUCUACAAUUGCACCAGCGAAGAGUUGGCCUGGUACUCUGGCAUCCAUCUGCCCUCAAUGUCCUGCUGACAGCUGGCUCUGACAAUCUUGUUAUUAUAUGGAAUGUUGGCACUGGAGAAUCCAUGGUCAAGAUAGAUUGCCAUCCUGAUGUUGUUUAUUCUGCUUGUUGGAACUGGGAUGGUUCUAGACUGGUUACUACUUGCAAGGACAAGAAAAUUAGAAUCAUUGAACCUAGAACAGGAAAAAUUGUAGAGGAGGCCAUUGCACACGAAGGUAGUAAAGCUACAAGAGCCAUAUUUUUAAGAGGUGGUCUAAUCUUUACAACAGGGUUUAGCAAAAUCUCUGAAAGACAGUAUUCUUUGCGAGCCCCAGACAUGCUUGCAGAACCAAUUGUGAUGGUAGAACUUGAUACUAGCAAUGGAGUAAUGUUCCCGUUGUACGACCCCGACACAAAUUUAGUCUUUCUUUGUGGCAAGGGGGACUCAGUUAUCCGCUACUUCGAAAUAACGCCCGAACCUCCUUUCGUUCAUUAUAUCAAUACCUUCCAAACGCCAGAUCCUCAGCGAGGAAUCGGUAUGAUGCCUAAGCGCGGCUGUGAUGUUAACAGUUGCGAAAUUUCGCGAUUUUAUCGACUGAAUAAUUCUGGCUUCUGUCAAGUCGUAUCUAUGACUGUACCAAGAAAGUCUGAGCUAUUUCAAGAAGACUUAUAUCCCGAUACUCCCGGGGAUACUGCGGCAAUAACUGCAGAAGAAUGGGAAGCCGGUAAAGAUGCCGAUCCCAUUCUCAUUUCACUGAGGGAUGGCUAUCAGCCGACAGCUUCCAAAAACGAUCUUAAAGUUCAUAAAAAAUCCAAUGUCUUGGGUAAAGCUAAAGUAGCUUCGAACUCGACAGGCAAAGAGGCAGCAUCUGGUGUUUCGGAGGAUAUAAUCAAAGAAUUUUCUGAAGAAAUUCGAAAAUUAAAAGCUAUGAUAGUUAAGCACGAGGGUCGUAUUCGAGUACUAGAAUCGGCAGUCGCGCUUCAAAUGAAUGAGCAAGACAGAAAUGAAAAGUCUUCUUCUCCCGUAGAUAAGGAACUACUUGCGUCUGACGAAGUUUGAUUCUGCUAGCAAAAAUAUUUUUAUAUCCCUACCUACGGAAAAAAACCAUUCAAUUGUGUAAUAAAAAAAAUGAAACGUGCGUAUUAUAUUUUGAUAUGAUAGCUGUGUAUAUACUAGGUAACUUAGCAUAGUAGCGUGCUCCAAAAUCAUCAGAAAUGUCUUAAUUAUUUAUUGUACAUCCGCGUUUUCAAGUUCUUCUCUAUCUUUAUUUUCGUCUUUCGAUUUUUCAGCUUUUACUUCUAUCCCCUUUUUUCUCUCAUUCGUCACAUUUUUUGUAAUCUUUUACAUAAUUACCUUAAUAAUAUAUCAGAUCAUUUCAUCGUUACCUGUUAAUAGGAUUUACGUUUAUGUUACAUUUUAGUGUUAUGUUAUUUUUUGAGAUUUUUAUGUACAUGAGCGAGCGCCUUGGAGGAGAAAAAAAACUUUUUUCUUAAAAACAUGAAACGAGUGCCUUAAUUUGUACAGAAAAAAUCUACUGUAAAAUAACAAAUCUAACAAGCGAUUGUUCUAUAACUGAUUAUACUCGACAUUUGAUAAACUUGUUAAACUAUUGUGAAUUGUCUGAUAAUCACAUUUUUUACAGUUUAAAAUUUAAUAAUAAUAAUAGUAAUAGUAAUAAUAAUAAUAGUAAUAUUUUUGGAAACUUUUAAUACUAACGUUGCUUGUUCACAUUUGAUACCUUAAAAGUUGACAAUUCAUAAUGAAACAAAAAUUACUCCUGUGUCUUGUUAAAAAUGCAACGAAAAAA